CUCAUGACAUCAGAUCCCGAUUCCGAAACCUCACCACCGCCCAUCCACCCGUCUUCGGACUAUGCCCCAGGCCGCUGCUAUUGAGCACCAUCACCACAAUCAUCCUCAGGCUAUGGAACUCAUAUAAUCGCCCUCAUCGUCACAAGACAAACAUGUCUCUGAGCGACCACCCCAAGGCCUACGGGUCCGCCGCCCUCGCCGCCGCUUUCGCCGCCGGCAUCCUCGUCACCCUCGGCUUCAAGGACUUUUACCCGGACCUGGAGCAGUGGUACCAGGGCAGCAGGGAUGGCAGCCGUCGCAGGAGGGGGGCCGCCGCCCGCUCGUCCGCCGGUCCGCGCCGACGGCGGAGCAGCUUCUUUUGGGGCGGCGGCGGAGCGCCCGUGCAGCUUGAGGACCGCGAGGAGCAGGAGCCAUCGUCAUGGCCGACGACGGCGCCGCUGCCCGUCCCCUCGGCUUUCGAUGGCGACAGCAAAAGCACCGCGGUCGCGGCCGGCAUCGAGUCGUGCAUCGGCAACACGCCCCUCGUCGAGAUCCACUCCCUUUCCGUCGCCACGGGCCGCACCAUCCUCGCAAAGGCCGAGUUCCUCAACGGCGCCGGCAACAGCCCCAAGGACCGCGUCGCCCUGUCCAUGAUCGCCGAGGCCGAGCGCCGCGGCCUGCUGCGUCCGGGUCGCGGCGACACCAUCUACGAGGGCACCGUCGGCAGCACGGGCAUCUCCCUCGCCACCCUCGCCCGCGCCCGCGGCUACCGCGCCCACAUCUGCAUGCCCGACGACCAGGCCCUCGAGAAGUCGGACCUGCUGCAUCACCUCGGCGCCCGCGUCGAGCGCGUCCCCGUCGCCCCCAUCACCAGCCCCCGCCACUUCGUCAACCUCGCCCGCGCCCGCGCCGCCGAGCACGAGCGCCGCGCCGACGACGGCAGCCGCGGCUUCUUCGCCAACCAGUUCGAGUCCGAGGCCAACUGGCACGCCCACUUCGCCACCACGGGGCCCGAGAUCUGGGCCCAGACCGACGGUGGCCGCCUCGACGCCUUCGUCGCCGGCGCUGGCACCGGCGGCACCAUCUCGGGCGUCGCCCGCUACCUCAAGCUCGAGGCCAAGCUCGACGCCCUGCGCGUCGUCCUCGCCGACCCCCAGGGGAGCGGCCUCUACAAUAAAAUCACCCACGGCGUCAUGUACUCGUCGACGGAGCGCGAGGGCACCCGCCGCCGCCAGCAGGUCGACUCCAUCGUCGAGGGCAUCGGCAUCAACCGCGUCACCGAGAACCUCGAGGCCGGCAGGGACCUCAUCGACGACGCCGUCAAGGUCUCCGACGAGCAGGCCUGCCGCAUGGCCCGCUGGCUCGUCGAGAACGACGGCAUCUUUGUCGGCAGCAGCAGUUCCGUUAACUGCGUCGCCGCUGUCCAGGCCGCCAUGGCCCUGCCCGAGGGGAGCCGCGUCGUCACCAUCUUGUGCGACUCGGGCACCCGACACCUGAGCAAGUUUUGGAAGCGCAUCAAGGAGAUGGGUCUCGAGGAGGAAGAGGCCAUCGACCUGUUCCAGGAGCUGGGCAUCACUCGCCCGCCAUCCCCAUAGAUUAUAUAGAUACCACUGUGCAUGGCCUCGUCUUUCCGAGUCGCUGAAGAAAGGUCCUAUUCUGACAAACAAAAUAGACGGUCUAAAAUGUACUGGCGGCCGUGUCUCGAAUCUAACACUCUGCAUCGCACACGCGAGCAGCGGAAGCAGGGCCCAACCAAAAAUAACCACCUCCACCCAUGCAAACUAACCCGUCAGCGUCAGCAACGCAGAAAGAAAGGGAUGAGGCAUGAGACGAAGAAAGAAACAAAUAAAGAUGAAAAGCACAAACGCAUGCCCAGUCCCUUGAGC